AUCAGUCACAGCUGAUCGCGAGCUGUCACGCUGACAGCUCAUGUGGAGUGGAGAGCCGGAAAUCGGCUUCCCUCAGAGGGGACAUGUACACUGAUCAUCAGGGCACUGAUGAUCAGUGUGCCCUGAUGAUCAGUGUAGCCCCAGCAGUGCCCCCUGUCAGUGUCCAUCUUUGCCAGCUGUCAGUGCCCAUCAAUGCCACCUGCCAGUGCCCAUCAGUGCCACAUCAAUGCCACAUAUCAGUGUCCAUCUGAUCUGCCUUUCAGUGUCACCUAUCAGUGCCAGUCAGUGCCACCUAUCAAUGCCAGUCAGUGCCACCUAUCAGUGCUGCCAAUCACUGCCACCUAUCAGUGCCAGUCAGUGCCACCUAUCAGUGCCGCCUAUCAGUGCCCAUCAGUGCUGCCUAUC